AAACUGAUAUAAAUACUAGGUUUAAAAAGACCAAACUACCUGAUUCCGUACAAGUCACGACGUUAGGUAUGAGAAUUAAGUAUAAAGAAAAAGAUGAAACCUUUUUAGAGAAACACCUUGUAUCUAAAGAACCUUUUGGACAAUUCAAAUCUUGGUUUGAAGAAGCUUGUGCUAGGAAAGAAAUUCUGGAGCCCAAUGCAAUGUGUCUAGCUACAGUUUCACAGGAAGGUUUUCCAUCAGCUCGGUUUGUUUUGUGCAAGGGUUAUGGUAAAGAAGGAUUCAAAUUUUACACAAACUAUGGAAGUAAAAAGGCUAAAGAUAUAGAAGGGAAUCCUAACGUUGCUGCCACAUUUUAUUGGGAAAUACUGAAUAGAUCAGUGAGAAUUGAGGGCAGAGUAGAAAAACUUUCAGAAGAUGAUUCUACAAAAUAUUUUCAUACACGACCAGUAGUCAGCCAGAUUGCUGCAUGUGCAAGCUACCAAAGUACUCCAAUAGAGUCCAGAGAUGUUCUGUGUGAAAGAGAAAAGCUUCUUGAACAGCAAUAUAUGAUACCUGGUAAAGAAGUUCCGAAACCAAGCUACUGGGGAGGAUAUCUCUUAAUUCCAAGGUCUGUCGAAUUCUGGCAAGGUCAGAGGGACCGGCUUCAUGAUCGCAUCAAAUUCAGAAGACCCAAUAAAGGAGAAGUGUCUGAUGAAAGAUUAUUACAUGAAGGUGAAGAUGGGUGGGUUUUUGAGCGACUUUCACCAUAGAUUCUGAAACAUAAGUGGGACAUAUUUUGAAAACCAAGAUGACUGAGGUGUUUCUUAAAAUGGUUAGAAUGGUUAAAAUGGUUAGAUAAUAAGAUUGGUAAUAAAUCAAUAUAUUUCAUUCAA